UCUACCAUUGUUGUGCGGUUUUCCUGUAGUGACAGGUUGUAGCUCCGGUAAUGCUGCGGCUCCGCUGUAAAACCCGGGAGGGCACUCACCUGCUGCAGGGGCUGACUGACCUCUCCAGUGUCCGGGAGCUGCAGGAGCGGAUAGCCGGGCUGACCGGCAUCUCGGGGCCCACACAGCGAGUAAUGGUGGGCUACCCCCCGGCCAGCCUGGACCUCGCUGAUGGGGACGCCGCACUACGAGAUCUGCCGAUCAAAUCGGGGGACACUCUUAUUGUGGAAGAAGAUAAAAGUAAACCUACAACUACCUCAAUACAUAGUAUCAAUGAUCGAACCAUAAUAAAACGUCCACAGAUUGUCCGACGAGUGGUACCAGCUGACAAUUCUUGCCUCUUCACAAGUGUUUAUUAUGUGGUAGAGGGUGGCGUGUAUGACCCAGCCUGUGCCCCAGAGAUGCGAAGUUUAAUUGCUGAGAUUGUUGCCAGUGAUCCGACAAGUUACAGUGAAGCAGUUCUAGGUAAGAGCAAUGAAGAGUAUUGUGCCUGGAUACGCAGAGAGGACACCUGGGGAGGUGCCAUAGAAGUAUCCAUACUUUCCAAGUUUUAUCAGUGCGAGAUCUGCGUUGUGGACACCCAGACAGUGAGGAUUGACCGUUUCGGGGAAGAUGCUGGCUACAGUAGAAGAGUUCUGCUGAUUUAUGAUGGGAUUCACUACGACCCCUUGCAGCGGCAGUUUCCAGAUUCCGACAUGCCACCCAUGACCAUUUUUUCCACGUCUGACGAUGAGGCGUUGGUGCAGGCCUUAGAGCUUGCAGAUGAUGCCAGGCGAAAGAGGCAGUUUACAGAUGUUAACAAAUUCGCCCUGCGCUGUAUGGUUUGCCAAAAAGGAUUAACAGGACAGUCGGCAGCAAGGGAUCAUGCCAAGGAAACGGGCCAUACCAACUUUGGCGAGGUGUAACUACGGCACCACUCCUAAUAGGAUUGGUGGAAGCUACCUCACGUCUGAACCCAGGUUACAGAAAAGGAAAACUCACAAAUGAGAUUUGUCCUUUUCUUGGCUUUGUUCCUGGAUCAGAAAGCAGUAAAACUGUUCAAUCUUCACAGGUUUACCUUAUUGUAUGAGCAUCGUAUCCUCCCAUUGCAUUCCCUCGUCUGUCAGUUUGGUCUGAGGAGGUCCUCUAGAAUACCCUUGACCAAGAUCAGUGUUUCAUGAGCUUUUAACCUAGACUGUUUACAAGCCGAGCAGAUGUUACGUAUUUAUUUUCAGCAUUGCAUGUUAUAUAAUGACCGUCGCACCCAUCAUCAUCUAUUUUACUACAUUAUGUGUAGCCGUGAUACAGCCCUUGGCGUAAGGCGGCUGCAGGCAAGUAUUAGGAAAGUCUGGAAAUGUUUUUACGUUUUUAUGCUCCCAUCUAUGCUGGAAUUGAGUUUUUAUUUUACAGUGUGUAUUUGGUUGGUGUAACCAGCUGCUGUACUACUCCAUACUUGCACUAGAUGAGCCUUUAUAUCACCAUGUUUCAGCUAAGCGUAAUAACUGAGCGCAUGCUGCGUCCGAUUACAGUAUUUAGCUGGAAUAAAGUGCCGAUGUUGGGAUGAGAA